UCAGACUUUAACAUUACUAAAUUUUUUGCAGAAAUCGCUACUUUCACCACUGGCCAGCGCGGUUGCACUGUGCUCAUGUGUGGCAAUCAGAAAUUUGUGAAGAAUCGCAAAUCGAGCACGCGCACCUAUUGGAUUUGUUCGAAAAAGGAUGUGACCUGGUGUCGGGCGAGAGUUGUCACAGCGCGUGACAAGCAUGGCACGGAGCGUAUACUUCACCGUUCCUUCGAGCACAAUCACACCCGCAAAUAUCCACGUUACGAGACUGGAGUUCGGCGUACCGAACACUUGAUAAAAAAACUGAUGUCUAAGUGAAGUUAGGAGUGGUUCAUACCAUUCGAAUUUUUUAUGAGCACCUACACAUCUGCAUGAGAGUGAACGAAGAACAUGCUCGAUGCGAAGUUUCCAAUAUACUAUAACGAAUACUAAAUUUGAUAUGCCCUGCAGCGAUGAGAGUUUUCUGCCAGUGUUAAAUCCUUUGCACGAUUCAAAAUGUGUGGGCACUGAUGAAAAGCUUGUUAAAGUUAAGUCCGGCUUGUCAAAGCGUAAACCCCCUUUUCUGGAAAAUCGCACCAUGGACGAUUGGGGCGCCAUCAAGUAUAGCACAACUUCAAGAGGAAAUAAGUUAUUAUCCUAUGGCGGUCAUCGUUUCAUCAAAAACAACAUUUAUGGCAUGAGGGUGUACUGGAAGUGCACAAAGUGGCAUAGUCAUUGCAAGGCGCGUGCAAUUACCAGUUUUGCUGCGCCCACGUGUUGCGUCAUAAAGGGCGUACACAACCAUUCGAUCGUGAAGGAGGA